AAGUGGCGCGCUCUGUUUGGCUGCGAGACAUCCGGUCGGGCAGGACGGGGUCGGGAGGCGGCCCGCGGGCCUCUCGGGGCUGCGUUUUGCUCGCGGGGGAGGCGAGAUGGACAUUCUCAAGGCGGAGAUCGAGCGGAAGCGGAAGCUGCUGGCGGAGAAGGAGCUGUUGGCGGAAAAUAAGAAAUAUUUCAAACGCGGUGAAUUAGCUAAGAAGGAGGAAGAGGCAUAUUUCAAAAGAUGUGGAUACAAGGUCCAGGAGGAGGCGGAAAAGGAUGAGAAGACAGCGUCUUCCAAUCCAGUGCUGGAGCUGGAAUUGGCAGAGGAGAAGUUGCCCAUGACACUUUCUAGACAAGAGGUCAUUAGGAGAUUGAGAGAAAGAGGUGAGCCCAUCAGACUGUUUGGAGAAACAGAUUAUGAUGCCUUCCAGCGAUUGCGAAAAAUAGAAAUUCUGGCCCCAGAAGUGAACAAGGGAUUAAGGAAUGACCUGAAGGCUGCUUUGGAUAAGAUUGACCAGCAAUAUCUGAAUGAGAUUGUAGGUGGACAGGAACAAGGAGAGGAUGACGCACAGAAUGACCUCAAAGUCCAUGAAGAGAACACAACCAUUGAAGAAUUAGAGGCAUUGGGAAAAUCUUUAGGUCAUGGUAAUGAUCAUAAAGAUAUGGAUAUCAUAACUAAAUUCUUGAAGUUUCUUCUUGGAGUUUGGGCAAAGGAGCUGAAUGCGAGAGAAGAUUAUGUGAAACGGGGCGUCCAGGGAAAGCUGAACAGUGCUACCCAGAAGCAGACAGAAUCGUAUCUGAGACCUCUGUUCAGAAAACUUCGCAAAAGGACUCUUCCUGCAGACAUCAAGGAAUCAAUAACAGAUAUUAUCAAGUUCAUGUUGCAAAGGGAAUACGUGAAGGCCAACGAUGCCUAUCUCCAGAUGGCUAUUGGGAAUGCUCCAUGGCCGAUUGGCGUCACUAUGGUUGGCAUCCACGCCCGUACUGGUCGAGAGAAGAUCUUCUCAAAGCAUGUGGCUCACGUUUUAAAUGACGAAACUCAGAGGAAAUACAUCCAGGGCUUGAAGAGGCUCAUGACCAUUUGCCAGAAACACUUCCCCACAGACCCAUCCAAAUGUGUGGAGUACAACGCAUUGUGACAACCCUGCAGUCCGUUUCUGCUCUCGGGGACCCAGACAAUGUGGAGCAGAGCAGUCUUUAUGAGAACUUUGGAUCUAAAGCCCAGAAUAGACUGGAACUUCAUGUGCAUCACUUAGGUUCUGCCCAAGUGGUCACAAUGGUUUAAGCUUCAAUACCAUUGUAUAUUUCCUUUUUUUUGUUUUGUUUUUGUAAGAAAUGAGAUCUCUCUAAGAAAAGUUUGUAAAGGUCACAUUAAGAGAGGGCCCUCUAGCAAAUGAUGUGAAUGAACAUAUGUUAUGCCAGAGGAUUAUCUUAUGCAGGUGAAUAAAUAGACUUGAAAGGGAGAAAUUAAUUUUAUUCCUAAACCCAGGGUUAUGGGUAAGUACGACCAAACAAGUCUGGAUUUGUAAAUGUGCCUGAAGAAGGAGUUGCUCUGGGUUAUUUCCAAAUCCAAAGCUGUCUAGAACAAAUCACACUGGUUGAAGGCUGGUUUCUGAUCCUUUCCCUGUUUGGACAUGCUCUAAUUUUGGGUUCAGAUCUAACACACGCAACUCCCAUCUUUCUGGUUUAUUUUUUUGCUUGAUCACCUGCUUGUUUGUAUAGUGGUUCAUUAAACCUGGAGCGCUGACUUAAUAGGAACCCCAGAUAUGGUCAUGAUAGCACAUUAUAGCAAUCUUGCUCUGUUUUUUUUUUUUUU